GAAGCUAUGAGCCAUGAAGCCGCCCGGCGGAACUUCUCUGCGGCAGCCCUGCUUCUCCGCCGGCCGCCGCUGCAGCCUCCUCGCCGCCGCCUCCGCCACCUCCUCCGCGUCUUGCCUGGUGCGGCUGCCCCUGCCCAGCUUCGUCCACCUCUUCUUCUGGGCCCUCCUGCUCUUCUGCCCCGGCUGCCCGCAGAGCUGGGGGGUCAUCGCGGCCACCGCUCUGCAUUGGAAUGAAACCGCAGGAAAUAUAGAAGGAACACUGGCAGAUGAAGACACUGCAUUUCAACAGUCUAACAGUAGUAGCAGUAAAAAUAACAGUCACAACAGUGCAUUCCAGAAAGAAAUCAUAUUGCCUUCAAGACUUGUCUAUUAUCUUAAUAGAGACUCUGAAAGCCCUUAUCAUAUACUGGAUACUAGAACAAGGUACCAGCAAAAACACAAUAAGGCUGUGCAUCUGGCUCAGGCAAGUUUCCAGAUUGAGGCCUUUGGCUCCAUGUUUAUUCUUGAUCUCUCAUUGAAUAAUGAUUUAUUAUCCUCUGAUUAUGUGGAGAUUCAUUAUGAAGAUGGAAAACCACAAUAUUCAAAGGGUGGAGAGCACUGUUACUAUCAUGGGAAUAUCAGAGAUAUCAAAAACUCCAAAGCUGCACUUUCUACAUGUAAUGGACUCCAUGGCAUGUUUGAAGAUAAUACCUACGUAUACUUGAUAGAACCUAUGGAAUUGACUCACAGCACAAGCAGUGUGGGUAGACCACACGUCAUCCAGAGAAUAUUAGCAACAAAUGCCUCCAAGCAAGUAGAAGACCUGGACUCCACUUCUGAAUGGCCCUUCCUAUCUGAGUUGCCGUGGUUAAGAAGAAGAAGAAGAAGGGCUGCAUCAGAACGCAUAUUUCAAGAAAUGAAAUACUUGGAACUGAUGAUUGUUAAUGAUCACAAAAUGUUCAAAAAACAUCGAUCAGCCCAUGUUUACAUAAACAACUUUGCGAAAUCUGUGGUAAAUCUUGUAGAUGCUAUUUACAAGGAGCAACUGAACACAAGGGUGGUUUUGGUUGCUGUUGAAACCUGGUCUGACAGGGAUCGUAUCACUAUUCGCCCUGACCCGAGGCAGAUGCUUCAUGAUUUUUCCCGAUACCGACAGCAGUACAUCAAGCAGCAUGCUGAUGCUGUUCACCUUCUCUCGAAUGUGACGUUUCAUUAUAAAAGGAGUAGUCUGAGUUAUUUUGGAGGAGUGUGUUCUGUGCCUCGAGGUGUUGGUGUCAAUGAGUAUGGUCUUCCCUGGGCAAUGGCACAAGAACUGUCCCAAAGUCUGGCUCAGAAUUUAGGAAUACAGUGGGAACCGGGAGCCAGAAAACCAAAAUGUGACUGCACAGAAUCCUGGGGUGGAUGCAUCAUGGAGGAAACGGGUGUCUACCAUCCCAGAAAAUUCUCAAAAUGCAGCAUUGCUGAAUACAAGAGCUUUUUAGGAAGAGGAGGAGGUUCCUGUCUUUUCAACAGGCCAACAAAGUUGUUCGAUACCACUGAGUGUGGAAAUGGGUAUGUAGAACCGGGAGAAGACUGUGACUGUGGAUACCAAAUGGAUUGCCAUGAAAACUGCUGUAAGAAAUGCUCGCUGUCUAAUGGAGCGCAUUGCAGCGAUGGCCCAUGUUGCAAUGAAACCUGCCUUUUUUUUCCACGAGGCAUGGAAUGUCGAGGCCCUGUAAAUGAGUGUGAUAUUCCAGAGAUCUGCACUGGAGACUCUGGCCAGUGCCCACCAAAUCUUCAUAAGCAAGAUGGAUUUCCUUGUGAUGCAAGUCAGGGACGUUGCUACAGUGGAGAGUGCAAAUCGAGAGAUAAUCAGUGCAAAUACAUUUGGGGAACAAAGGCUUCAGGUUCGCAUAAACACUGUUAUGAGAAGCUUAACACAGAAGGUACUAUAAAAGGAAACUGUGGCAAGGAUGGAGAUAAAUGGAUUCCAUGCAACAAACAUGAUGUGUUCUGUGGAUUAUUGCUUUGUGCAAAUCUUGAUGGAGCUCCGCGAAUUGGUCACCUUCAGGGAGAAAUUACACCAACUUCUUUUUUCCAUCAAGGUGUAGUAGUAAACUGCAGUGGCUCUCAUGUACUUUUAGAUGACGAUACAGACUUAGGCUACGUAGAAGAUGGAGCUCCGUGUGGUCCUUAUAUGAUGUGCAUGGACAGAAAGUGCCUAUCCAUUCAGUCCCUGAACAUAAGCAGUUGCCCUGUUGGUAUUAAUGGAAAAGUUUGUUCAGCGCAUGGGGUAUGCAGCAAUGAAGCUACAUGCAUUUGUGAUAACACCUGGGCAGGUAUGGAUUGUAGCAUGCCUGAUAUGAGAAGAAAAGAAGACCCAGAACAACCAAAUGGACCAAAGGGUCCUAGUGCCACCAAUCUUAUAAUAGGUUCCAUCGCUGGUGCCAUCCUGGUAGCAGCUAUUGUCCUUGGGGGGACAGGAUGGGGCUUUAAGUAA